AAUUAGUACGAAGAGGAAAAAAGUCCACAACACUAGCAAUAGGUGAUGGUGCAAAUGAUGUGAGCAUGAUUCAAGCCGCUAAUGUCGGUGUUGGCAUUUCGGGACAAGAAGGAAUGCAAGCGGCAAUGGCAGCAGAUUAUAAUAUUGCCCAAUUUCGAUAUCUUAACAAACUUUUACUUGUACACGGGUACGAUGCUGGUAACAUCGAGUUCUCAACCGCAGUUGCUAUAACUGUAGUUGUUAUUGCAAACCUUUUUGUUUGUUUUAACACAUAUCACUGGAGUCGGAUAAUAUGGGCAAUAAUAAGUGUUGAACUUGUUUUUAUUUUUGUUUAUGUUCUUAUGUAUGGUCUUUUUCCAGAAAGUCCAAUAUAUGGUAUAGCUGAACAGUUAUUUAGUGAUGGUAUAUUUUGGUUUGGCAUGGCAUUUUCGAUUUUAUUAUCUGGUUUACCACGAUUCGUAAUAAUUUUUACCAAACAAUGGUGGUACCCAGAUGCUUUAGACACCGUUAGGCAAAUAAGAGCAAGUGACAAAAUAGCAAAGCUAGCAAAGAAAAAAGAAGAAUUAAAAAAUCAAAAGACUCAUGAAAAAAUAAUACCACCGAUAUUACAAGUAACGGACCAAUCAGAUAACGAAAUCAUAAAUACUGUACAACAGACAGACGAUUAG